CGCCGCUCGCCUUUUUCCUCUCCAUAUUGCCGAUCCCCCCAGUCGCUCGUGUGUCUCCUUUCGAUUUCCCUGAAAUCACGUCUCCCUCAAGCUUGCGCUUUGCAUCCUUCGUUUUUUAGGCUUCUUAUACACAGUUGGAGCGGUCUCAGCGUAAAAAUCAUCGGCUUUAAUACCCAUGGCCCCGAAUCUCCGGUAGCCCUUUGACCGAACCAGGCUUUUUGCCUCGUCCUUUACUUGAUGUCUGCGAUCUCUUCAGACCAUGCGCAUGCAGACUCCUCUUCGAUCACACCCAGCGCCUAUCUUUCUCAUCCUAUGACCGCGGAAUCCGUCCCGCACCCGAAUUCUCAGAUGGAACAGGUCGCACAGUCGGGACCAGCUCGAGGGGCAACGACCAGUGAUACCAGCAGAAACGCGGCAGUGGCUGCCACAAAAUCGACACAAGGCGACAAUGCUCAAAACACACACAGCAGAAAGAGUGUCCCUGAAGUGAACAAGCGGAGUUUGGACUAUAUCGCAAGGAGUGGGUUAGCGGGAGGGUUAGCGGGGUGUGCGGCCAAAACGGUGGUAGCCCCUUUGGACCGAGUCAAGAUCCUUUUUCAGGCAUCGAACCCGCAAUUUGCCAAAUACACAGGCAGCUGGACGGGCCUGGUGGCGGCAAUCCGAGACAUUAAACGUUACGAAGGCGGCCGGGGCCUCUAUAAAGGUCAUUCUGCAACUCUUCUUCGCAUCUUCCCUUAUGCCGCGAUCAAAUUUCUCGCAUAUGAGCAGAUUCGAGCGGUGAUCAUCCCGUCACGCGACAAGGAGACACCGGGUCGCCGACUCCUGUCCGGCAGUUUGGCGGGGAUUACCUCGGUGUUUUUCACAUAUCCUUUGGAGCUCAUUCGAGUGCGACUGGCAUUCGAGACGAAAAAGUCCUCGAGCUCUUCCUUGAGAGAUGUUUUCCGGCAGAUCUACCGCGAACGAGUUUCGCCGCCCUCCGCGUCAAGUGGCGUCCCUUCAUCGUCAGCUACCGGCUCUGUAGCGGCAGCCACGGUCGAAAACGUGUCUUCCACCGUGAACAAGGUCGUUCCCAGCUCGGGGGUCGCCAACUUCUACCGUGGAUUCGUACCCACUUUGAUGGGCAUGUUGCCCUACGCCGGCAUUUCUUUCCUCGUGCACGACACAGUCGGUGACUGGCUUCGAUACCCCUCUGUCUCUCUGUACACCACCAUUCCCGAUCACGAACUCACGCCUGCUCAACUGCAAUCCACGAAAGCGUCGCGACGGCCGCAAUUGACUGCCGCCGCCGAACUAUUCUCCGGGGCCGUCGCUGGCUUGGUCUCCCAGACCGCAUCUUAUCCGUUUGAGGUAAUACGACGGCGCAUGCAGGUCGGAGGCGUUGUCGGCGAUGGCCACCGGCUCGGAAUCCUCGAAACCGCCCGCACGAUCCGGCUAGAGAGGGGAUUCCGGGGGUUUUACAUCGGAUUGACGAUCGGUUAUAUUAAGGUGAUGCCCAUGGCGGCGACCGGCUUCUUCGUGUACGAGCGAUUGAAGUGGUCUCUUGGAAUUUGAUCCUCUAUCUAUUCAGCCCUUGCAUACCUCCAUACUCUCUGUUUGAAGUGAGAAAUAUAUCAAGACUCACUUGACUGCUGCUCUUUUGUUUGCUCCUCCAUCUCAUAGAGUUGAAGACAUUGGCGUCAUACCGUUUCCUUUUGCCGUUUUUACAUUGUUCAUACCCAUUCUUUGUUAAGGGAAUUCAGGACAUUGCAGUACAAGUACAUAGUUUCAAAUAUGCAUGUCUAAAUGAAAUACCAUACUACAAUGAAC